AACAGCCUCCAUGGUGGCCCUCGCUAGCUAGUAUGUCGGGCCAGCUUGGCUAUGAUGUCAGGCGGUGUUAUUAAUUAUUACGUGACAACAACGUCGCCACAGCGUUAGGAGGAAAGCAGCCGCUGUGUCCUUUUAUCGUCAGUCAAUGUCAGGUGGUUCUUGGCAGUGUUAUGGAUGAACCAUGAAGGCCCAAUUACAAGUCACAGUGCUUUCAGCCAAGCUGAAGGAAAACAAAAAGAACUGGUUCGGCCCCAGUCCAUAUGUGGAAGUAGCCGUGGAUGGCCAGUCAAAGCGGACCGAGAAGUGCAACAACACACACAGUCCAAAAUGGAAGCAGGCGCUCACCGUGAUCGUGACUCCUCUCAGCAAGCUGAUAUUCCGUGUUUGGAGCUACCAGACGCUGAAGGCAGACAUCCUGUUAGGAAUGGCCACUCUGGAGAUCCAGGAGACGCUGAAGGCUAACGACUUGAAAUUGUCCGAGGUGGUACAGACGCUGCAGCUGUGCUCCGACAGAGACUCCCGGGACGUCGUCGGUGACCUGUCAGUCUGUCUAGAUGGCAUGCAGGUCGACCCCGAAGCCUUUGCCUCGGCAGAGAGAGACCAUGCUUCCCUCAGAGACGAUGCGAGACAAAACGGCAACAGGCCAAGCAGAGACACGUCUCCGUCCAGCGACUCUGACGAGUGGGUCAUCGUACCUGAUGCUUGCACUGUCAACUCCCAGUCCGUAGGAGGUGCCACCGGUUCUCAUCGCUCUCGACCAGCUCGACCUUCUUCCGCUCCUGCUUCCUCUAGCAGUUCAUCUCCAAGUGAGUUAAGUGAGGGUCUGGCAUCUGAAGGCUCGCCCCAGGCAUCUGCCAGCGUGAGUUCAGAUCUUCAUGACAACACGGGUGCAGCGGCGGCAGCAGCAGCAGCAGCCGUAGCAGCAGCUGCAGCAAAACCUGCUGCUAAUGGCCCCAAACCCGUGGCCCCAGCGGCACCAUCCACUGCAGCUUCCAGGGCCAUGAGCAGUGGCCCCAUGCCACCAGGCUGGGAGCAGCGUGUGGACCCAAAUGGACGUAUGUACUUUGUCGACCACAUUGAAAAGAGAACUACCUGGGAGCGACCAGAGGCUCUACCUACAGGUUGGGAACGCAGGGUGGACCCCAUGGGCCGGGUGUACUUCGUGGACCACAUCACCAGGACGACCACGUGGCAGCGCCCCACACAGGAGUCUGUGCGUAACUACGAGGAGUGGCAGCAUCAGCGCAGCCAGCUGCAGGGAGCCAUGCAGCAGUUUAACCAGAGGUUCAUCUAUGGGCUCCAAGACCAGCUUGCGGCAACAUCCAACAAAGAGUUUGACCCACUGGGACCCCUGCCGCACGGUUGGGAAAAGAGGACAGACAGCAAUGGCAGAGUGUAUUUUGUUCACCACCCAACACGGGCAACACAAUGGGAAGACCCCAGGACACAAGGGCUGCUCAAUGACAAGCCUUUGCCUGAAGGCUGGGAGAUGAGGUUCACCGUGGAUGGCACUCCCUACUUUGUGGAUCACAACAGACGAACCACAACCUACAUUGACCCACGUACAGGGAAAUCCUCCCUUGAAAACGGCCCACAGAUUACCUACGUCAGGGACUUUAAAGCCAAAGUGCAAUACUUCAGGUUCUGGUGUCAGCAACUAUCAAUGCCUCAGCACAUUAAGAUUUCUGUCACCAGGAAAACUUUGUUUGAGGAUUCAUUCCAGCAGAUCAUGAGCUUCCAUCCUCAAGAUCUGAGACGCAGAUUGUGGAUCAUUUUCCCCGGAGAGGAAGGUUUGGACUAUGGAGGCGUGGCUAGGGAAUGGUUCUUCUUGCUUUCUCACGAAGUGCUGAACCCUAUGUACUGUUUGUUUGAGUAUGCUGGCAAGGACAACUACUGCCUGCAGAUCAACCCCGCAUCCUACAUCAACCCGGACCACCUCAAGUACUUCAAGUUCAUUGGCCGCUUCAUUGCCAUGGCCUUGUUCCACGGCAAGUUCAUCGACACAGGUUUCUCCCUGCCUUUCUACAAGCGCAUCCUGAACAAGCCACUUGCUCUCAAAGACUUGGAGUCCGUGGAUCCGGAGUUUUACAACUCUCUCAUAUGGAUCAAGGAUAACAACAUAGAAGAGUGCGGUCUGGAGAUGUUCUUCUCAGUCGACAAAGAGAUCCUGGGGGAGGUCACCACCCACGAGCUCAAGCCAGACGGCGGGAACAUUCAAGUGACUGAGGAAAACAAGGAGGAGUACAUCAGGCUGGUGGCAGAGUGGAGGCUGUCCAGGGGUGUGGAGGAGCAGACCCAGGCCUUUUUUGAGGGCUUCAAUGAGGUCCUACCCCAGCAAUACCUGCAGUACUUUGAUGCUAAGGAAUUAGAGGUGAUGCUGUGUGGGAUGCAGGAGAUCGACCUCGUGGACUGGCAGAGGAACGCAAUCUACAGACAUUACACUCGAAGCAGCAAGCAGAUUCUUUGGUUUUGGCAGUUUGUGAAGGAGAUGGACAACGAGAAGAGGAUGAGGCUGCUGCAGUUCGUCACCGGUACUUGUCGUCUUCCCGUUGGCGGCUUCGCCGACCUCAUGGGAAGCAACGGGCCGCAGAAGUUCUGCAUUGAGAAGGUGGGCAAAGAGAACUGGCUUCCGCGAAGCCACACGUGCUUUAAUCGUCUGGACCUGCCUCCUUACAAGAGCUACGAGCAGCUGAAGGAGAAACUCAUGUUUGCCAUCGAGGAGACGGAAGGUUUCGGGCAGGAGUAACCGCAGCACUUUUUCCUCGCGUUUGUCUCCGCAGCCUGGAGCUGCUUUUAUUUCCCAGAGUCACCAACUAUAUGCAAUUCCGCAGCUGCUUUCAAAGCGCUUUCAGAAUAAGAGACUCUUCCCUGCAUUGAUCUAACAUGGCUCCGCGUGGUAACAGUGGUUGUUUCUUCACCCUUUUCGCAACAUGCUUAACGCUGUGCAAGUGUGGAACAGAAGAAGCUCCGUGAGGACCGCCCUGUCAAGACUAUGCACUCAGAUUAUAUUUUGAAAUUAUAUUUGAUUUAUACAUCUAAAAAAAAAUCUGUUUUUUUCUUGUAUUCGAAUGGCUGAUUGGACUGAUUAAUGUAGCACAGGCUGUUCUUUUAAACAAAAAUCUUCUCUUUUCUCUGACAUACCGGUAGUUUGCACAUGAACUGUGAAGGGCAAGACAGCCUGAUUGUCCCCGACAGCAUGCUUUUAUUUCUUUUUUCUUUUUCAAGUGCAAUAGUUUCGCAGCUGUACCAACAAUAGUCUUGAUCACUUUACGAGAUAAGUUUUCACUUUUCAGUGCUGAUUUUACUCUUAAUUUGAAGACCGGCCGGUGCAGGUUUUCAAAUCUUUUUAACGGUUUGGUUUAGAGUUCAUCGGACCAGGACCAAACUUAGCAGAAAAAAAGGGGGCGUUCUUAUCUGUGUAAUACAAAAAUAUCGGCCCUCGAGUCGUUCUUUUUGUCGUCCACUGUGUGAAUAACUGAUUACUGAUGACGUGGGAACAAUCCUGUGUGAUAGAUUUGUAAAAUAAUAUCCUACUCCCACUGAGUGGUAGCCAAGAAAUGAUCCUGACUAGAUAUUGAAGAAUGCUGAAAGGUGAGCAUUUAAGGUGUUUAGGUGACUACUACAGUGUAAAUACACUUAGCAGGAGAAUGUGUUUCAUAUCUAUAUACAUCUAAUUCACCCAAGUCGUGGUUCCCUUUUUUGUGAUUGUUGCUUGGGAGUGGAGCACUAGCAGACGACCCUAGUUUUAUAGGGAGGGGGGGGGGGGCAUUGUAUUGUGAUUUCUACAGGGAUUUUGACUUUCAAGUUGUUUCCCUUACAGGGGAAAACAUCAAACCUCUAAGUUUGUUUGUCCAAAGAAUCUUAAACGUUAUCUAAAAUUGUUAUUAAUGAUAAGGUGUUUCGAUGCUACUUAUUGUGUUCUUGCUCACUCGGAAAUCAACAUGACUGAUCACACGAAGUCACGAUAUGAUAAAGUGGCCCUAACAUGAUUAGGAUGUUUAUCUCUUCAGUCACUGGUGUGAUGCUUGAACAUGUCAUGGCCGCAGCAGCAUAAGGUAUACCCAGUGUUGGUGUUGUUGACUAAAAAUGUUCGUCUUAGUUAUCGCCAACAGUGUUAGUUAUGAAAGCAGUUUUUAAUUUAGUUUUAGUCAUAAGUCUUGACAAAAAAAAUGUCUCAGUUUUAGUCAUCUAAAUUCCUCAACACUAAAAUUACAGUGAACUGUGUUUACUAAAAUAUACAAUAUAAAGGAUGAAGCAUUUUUAAAGUUCUCUUGAAACUACUUUUAUUACAGUUCUCCCACCCAGGCCUUCAGUGAUGUCCUACUUAGUCCAACUUUAAUAAAUACCCCUCAAAAUACCAUAAUUUAUGUCACCACAUGACCACGACUGGAGAAAUUAUAUACAGAAACACACUAGUGCACUACUGUACAUUGAAGCACCUCAACAGUGUACAAAACAGGCUAUAUUUCGGCACAUUUAAAAAUCAGCAUUUAAAACAUACCUUACAUGGGUACUGUCAAAAUUUAAAUAAUUGUAAAGAACAUAUUAAAUGUGGAAAAAUAAAUGAAUAAAAUAUUUGCACGUUUUCUUUGUGGGUUAAAAAAAAGUGAGAACCGAUGAUUUCUCUGUUGGCCGGGUAUGGCUCCGGUGCCCCUUCCUGCUUUUCGCAAAUUACAACUUGUGAUUGGAUUCUCACUUGGGAGUGACAAGUGAAAAUCCAAUCAUAGCUACCUAGAUGGGCUACUGUCAACAACUCGCGAUCCGAUUGGCUAUCGCAACUGUCUAUCCGGCAGAAUUCAUACAGCGCUGGCAACAACCUAGCUGAAUUCUGAUUGGAUAAAAGCUCUAACGUAAAAGCAAGCAACGUUGAAGCCUAAUAAGACAUGAAGAGAAUAUGAUAAAAAAUACUUUAUGGAAAGUAGAUUAAAAUGAACUUUUAUUAAUCUAUGAUCAUGAUUUAUGUUAGGCCAGCAGAGAAGGCCUUGCUGGCCCUAAGUUAUUGCAGAGCAUCAAUAAAACUAAAUUCAAGACUUGUUUUAGUCUGGGGAAAAUAGGCCGUUGACAUUUUCAGUCAACAAAAUGAACACUCUGUAUACCUGAACAAGCUGAUGCCAACUUUAAUGGGAUAGGUUCCUCUCCGUGGCUAUGGUACCUAAAUGUCAUUGAAUAUAUACAUAGAUAAAUGCCUCUCUGACUUGUCUCUGUGGAAUUUUAUUAGCGUGUAUCCGAGUUCCUAAUUAUUUUUGAUUCAAUUACAGUUGCACCUCACUAACCUCAUUUUAUGAGCGACUUUACUUCUUUGCCGCCUUUGCUCUCUGGGGUAUUAUAUGAAAACGACU